GUUCUCCCGGACUGACGAGAAUGGAUUUUAAGUUGAGAACAAUUUUCUGCGUAAUUGCGGUGCUUUUGUGGAUUAAUUCGGUUCAAGGAGCUCCUGCGCCGUUGCCUUCAAAUGGAAUUCCCAUAGAUUUAAACCUCGCCCAAGACCUUCUCUCCGAUAGUGUCAAACGAGUCAUCGCCAUUUUCCAAAAUCCAAUGGAGCUCACAGCUCGAAUGCAGAAACUCGGGCAACUCUUAUUUGAACACGAAGUCACCAAUAUUCGUGACAUCAUAGGAGUCCUUGUCGAAGAAUACGAUCCGGAUGGCAAACGACCAAAUGUGAACGUAGACUUAGCAAAUAUGGGAAAUGGCGAAAUUGGAAGUAACGAAAGUAAUGAAUAAAGAACCAUCCGUCUCCAUGUGAAAUUCUUUUUUUAAAAAUUAAUUAAAAAAAUGUUGAGAACGAAAGGGAAAUCGACAAAAGAACCCGCAAUUGUUUAUUAAUUACCAUGCAAAAUAAAUGAUCGUGAAAUGAUUAA